ACACCACCUGCCCGUCGUUCAAGAACUCCUUCCAGUGGCAAGCGCGAGGGCGAGACGCCGUCAUCGCUCGCAUCCUGGCGGAGCACACCGGCCACCUGCUUUUGGGCUGCCACAUCAUUCCAGGCAACCCUCGCAGAAUCAGCCCGGCCGUUUUUCUCCUCAACGCCACCGCCCACGUCUACAUGGAAGCGCUGUACUGGGACCCUGAUCUCGUCUACAAGGUGGAGUAUCUGUACCCGCACCUCCAGGACGACUUGGGGCUGGCGAUGCGGUCUCCGGAGUCGCUCACCCCGACCAUCUACAAGGCGUUCUCCUCCAGCGUGUGGGCGCUCACGGGCAUAUCCCUGCUGCUCUUCGCCACGAUGCUCAAGUUCGUCCUGCAAGCGACUUGCAGCCAAGCCGUUCUAGAGACUGCCCAGAUCUUUCUCAGUGGCUCUUUCUCCAGUCGUCGGCCCAGGCACAUGAUGGUGUGGGGCACGCUGUUGAGCAUCGUCAUGCUCAACAGUUUUAGUGGGGUUUUCACUGGCUUUCUGACUGUUCCUGAGAUGGGGCCCCAGAUGGACACUCUGCAAGAAGUCCUUGACAGUGUGCAAAAGGUGUACCCUACAAUAGAUGCGUUUGACGAGAAAGUACUCUUACAGUCUGGAGACGAAGUUUUUUUGCAGCUGUUUGACAAG